AUGGCGAGACCUUCUUGGAACACGUCCACGGCUUCGGAGUGUGGCAAUGCCUCCUCAUCGUCCUCGUCGUCUUCAGGCACUUCCGGCCGAUCCGCAGGCUCCAGGUCCUCCAGGGCUGCCAGCUACCGGGAAGCCAGGCUUUCCCGUGGCUCCUCCAGCCCGCCCCUGCUUUCCCGCGCGUGGCGACAGGCACCUCUCAGCUCCGUGGAGGACAGUAGCUCUGUGAUGUGCUUGUGGUUUCAGAUGUGGGUGGCCCGUGUCCGCCUGCUCAGACUUAUCUCCUGGAUCAGUCUGUCACCUUGGCUGUCACCCAGCUGGUCCACUGGCCCCCAUCCUUCCGGCUCUUACCGUUCCUACUCCAUCAACAUCGUGAUUGUCCUCACACACCCUGUGCACAGCAGGCUCUGGGAUCCCCCUGGUUGGCCCCUGCAGAGGAUGGCAAUAAAGCAGGUCCUGGUCCCCUGGUUCCUGAUCUACACCUGUGUCUGCUUUUGCAUCUGCUGGGGAGUCCCUGUCCCAGAGCAGGGAGCAGGGCCGAAGGCUGGGACGUUCACCUGCCUCAGCAACAGCCUCUUCAGGAUUGACUGUCACUGGUCAGCUCCAGAAGUGGGCCUGGAAUCCAGGGCCUGGCUCCUCUUUACCAAUAACCAGGUGAAAGAUAUCAAGCACAGGUGCCCAUUCCAGGGCAGUGUGUGCACCCUCACGCUGCCCCUUGAGGAGGUGUUGGUGCCCACUGAUGUCUUCACCAUCACUUUGAACCGCUGCGUCAUGGGGCAGGAGGAGCAGGUCAGCUUGGUGGACUCGCAGUUCCAGCCGUGGAGGCACAUUAAGCUGGAUCCCCCCUCCGAUCUGCAGAGCAACAUCAGCUCUGGGCGCUGUGUCCUGACCUGGAGCAUCCAUUUUGCUCUGGAGCCCUGGAGCUCAGACCUCAACUAUGAGCUGGCCUUCAAGAAGCAGGAAGAGCCCUGGGAGCAGGCCCGGCACAAGGACCGUAUUGUUGGAGUGACCUGGCUCAGCCUUGAAGCCGUCGAGCUGAACCCUGGCUCCAUCUACGAGGCCAGACUGCGUGUCCAGAUGACUUUGUUGGAGGAGGAUGACAUGGCAGAGGAGAGAUAUUAUAAGAGCCAUUGGAGUGAGUGGAGUCAGCCUGUGUCCUUUCCUUCUCCCCAGAGAUGGAGACAGGACUUCCUGCUCCCAUCCUGGCGGUGGUCGGAUAGCGUCCUUGUUGCUGUGUCCAUCUUUCUUCUGCUGACCGGCCUUAUUCACCUUCUGUUCAAGCUGUCACCCAGGGUGAAGAGGAUCAUCUACCAGAACGUUCCCUCUCCAGCACCUUUCUUCCUUCCUCUCUACAGUGUGUACAAUGGGGACUUCCAGACCUGGACAGGGGCCCACAGAACCGGACUGCAACCAAGACGGAAUGAUGCCGGCACUCCAUCAGGAGGCUCAGAGUCCAGCAUCUGGGAGGCCAUUACAUCCCUCACCUACAGCCCAGCGUGCCCUGUGCAGUUUUCCAGCCUGCCGUGGGAAGGCGCAGGGCUUGGCUUCUCAGGGCCACCAGGCUUGGAGCAUGUGCUGCCCGCAGUGUGUCUGGAGCUGGAAGGACAGCCGUCUGCCUACCUACCCCAGGAGGGCUGGGCUUCUCCGGUCUCUGUCCGGCCCCCUCCUCUGGACUCAGACGGGGGCGGCAGCGACUAUUGCAUCUUGAACUCCUGUGAGGAGCUCCGCCCCUCAGCCUUCCCAGAACACACCCAGAGCCCUGAGCUCACACAGACCCAGCCUGUGGCCCUUCCUGUGUCCAGCAGGACCUGA